AUGCUGCGUACCUCGACCGUGCGGCUUCUUGCUGCCCGCAAUGUGCCGCUCAUGGCACGCCCCAUUUCCAGGAGUGCACCUGCGUACAUCCGCAUCAAGAAGGCGGACGGCUCGACUUCCAAGCCUGACGAUGUGAACACGCCGAAGGCGACCUCACCUCCUCCCCCGCCCGAGGCCCCAAAGCAGCCCUCUCCUGCCGAGCAGCCAGCGAGCAACCCCAAGGACGCCAAACCUACACUGGCGACUGAGCCUGCCCCUGAGCCGUCUAAGGCCGCGCCAUCUGAGCCGGCGGCUCCUGUCGAGGAGGUGGACGAGAUCCCUGACAAGCCGGACCUGUCUAAGCUUCCCUCGCUGGAUAUUGACCCGGAGGCGAACGUUCCGUUCAUUGAGCAGCCCAAGGAGGGCAAGGAGAAGGAGGGAGACAAGAAGAGGGCAGGUGGCAAGAAGCGCCCCGAGUACGUGUCGAGCAUUGAGAGGCAGCGCCGCUUCAUGUCGCGCCUCGGCAUGGUGUCGCUGCUCAUCGGUGGUGUCGGUGCUGCGUACUACCUUGGUAACCAGGACGGCAAGGAGAAGGGUGGUAACCCGCUCGAGAAUUUCAAGAACAACGUCGGCGAGCUCACCGACAUCUUCUCCAAGCCUGCGUUCACCAAGCUCCUCCCAGACCCUCUCCCGCCUCCCCACCAGCGCCCGUACACGCUGCUGGUGGACAUUGAGGACUUGCUCGUUCACUCGACGUGGGACCGCCAGAACGGAUGGCGGACCGCUAAGCGCCCGGGGGUCGACUAUUUCCUCGCCUACCUGAGCCAGUUCUACGAGAUUGUUGUCUUCUCCGCGCAGCCUGUCUACACCGCCCUCCCCGUCGCCGAGAAGCUCGACCCCAUGACCCUCUACCUGCCCUACAAGCUGUUCCGUGACGCAACUCGCUACGUCGAUGGCCACAUCGUCAAGGACCUCACGUACCUCAACCGCGAUCUCUCCAAGGUCGUCAUGCUCGACACGAACGCGGAGCACGCGUCUCUGCAGCCCGACAACGCCAUUAUCCUCAAGCCAUGGAACGGCAGCAAGGGUGACCGCGGACUGGUAGAGAUGAUUCCUUUCCUUGAGUCCAUCGGUAUCUUCCAGCCGGCCGACGUACGCCCUGUCCUGAAGCACUACGCGGGCAAGGACAUCCCCCGCGAGUAUGCGAAGAAGGAGGCCGAGGCCAAAGACGCUGCGAUCGCUGAGUGGGAGCGUAACCACCCCACCGGCUCGGGCGGCGGCUGGUCGCUCUCGAGCGUGUUUGGGGGUUCAUCCUCGGCGCCGCGCCCCAAGCAGCCUAUGACGUACCUCGAGAUCAAGCGUCAGCAGGCUCAGCGCAUGUACGAGGAGGAGCAGAAGUACUACAAGGAGCACGGCGCCGAAAUUAUGAAGAUGAUCGAGGAGGACAAGGAGCGCCAGAUGGCCGAGAUGAAGGCAGGGAUCAAGGGCAUGUUUGGCAUGGGCGGCGAGCAUGCCCCAGGUGCGCCUAGCGCCGGCGCCCCGCCGGCGGAGCAGGCCCAGGCCCAGCCCGCGAAGUAG